UGAAUCGCUUCAGCAUUUCUUUUUAGGAUUUCCCGCGGGGAGUGAUGAACUCCAUCGAUCCUCAGUCCCAUCACCAGCACCACCACACCUCCCCUACCGUCGGUUCUCUCCCACCCAAAGGCGCCCAGGAGGCCCCGGAUAUGGCGGCUGCUGUCUACUGCGACAACUUCAGCAGCAUGUACCACCAGCCGAGCCUCCAAGGUGCGCAAAGGCCCGCUGGCUACGGCCUCGGGGACUACGCGUCGUCUCCAAAUCCCUACCUGUGGCUCAACGGGCCGAGCGUCAACUCGUCCGCUUCAUACCUGCACGGCAACAACCCGUCGUUCAUCCCGCCCUCUUACGGCUCGCAGCGGCAGUUCAUAACAAACUCACCUGGAUUCGGCGGGCCCGACCUGGGCUGGCUGUCCAUCGCCAGCCAGGAGGAGCUGCUGAAGUUGGUCCGUCCACCCUACUCCUACUCGGCGCUCAUCGCCAUGGCCAUCCAGAAUGCGCACGAGAAGAAGCUGACCCUGAGUCAGAUUUACCAGUACGUGGCUGACAAUUUCCCCUUCUAUAAGAAGAGCAAAGCGGGCUGGCAGAACUCUAUCCGGCACAACCUGUCUCUCAACGACUGUUUCAAAAAAGUGCCGAGGGACGAGGACGAUCCAGGGAAGGGGAACUACUGGACGUUGGAUCCAAACUGUGAGAAGAUGUUUGAUAACGGAAAUUUCCGCAGGAAAAGGAAAAGACGAUCGGAUCAGAGCAGCGCAGGAGGAGCAGCAGCAGCAGCUGUGGGUGCCACAAAGGUUGAGGAUGGUAGGCCGACAGCGGCCGCCCCACUGAAACCCUCAGACAGUCCUCAGCUCCUGGGGCCUUCCUCCCCAGAGAUGGAAGUGAUGAGCGAGAACCACAAAACGUCCGCAUCUGCAUCCCCACCUGGACUGGCCUCCUCUGCUCCUUGUUUUAAUAACUUUUACAGCAAUAUGUCCACGCUCAGCUCGGGGGGCCCCAGCCGACAGGGGUCCCUUGGACUGGUGAACGAGCUCUCGAACAGGAACAUAACGGCCCUGAGCCCAUACCACCCCAACCACAGCGGGCAGGACACGGGGCCAUCAGAGCACAGCGAGAGCUUGCAUUUUAACCGUGGAGUGUACUACAACACGUUUGGCGGCGGGCAGAGCGGACAGUUCAACAGUCACUUCUAUAACAGUUUCAGUGUCAACAGCUUGAUCUAUCCCAGGGAAGGCACUGAGCUAUAGGACCUGCUUUAACCACAGCGUCACACUGUUGCAGGGACUUAUUUUUGCUCUAUGACUCAAACGCAUGCUUGCAUGCAUUUAUUUCUGCAGCGAGAUCUAAGUACAGGCUGGGUUGCACUCCACCACAUAAAAAAACA